ACUUUGAAGAAGCGAAGAAAAAUGGCGAUGGUGCAGUUGUGCGGCGCAGUAGUGAGAAGGGUUAUGGCAAAGGGGCAAGCUGCGGUGCCGGCAGCAGCAGCGUCGUCGCUGCCAGUGCUGUGUGGUCGAGGGGACAAGAAGACGAAGAGAGGGAAGCGGUUUAAGGGUUCGUAUGGCAACGCAAGACCCAAGAAAGAGAAAAUGAUCGAGAGGAUCAAGGACAAGGUCGAGGUUCCCAGGUCCACUCCUUGGCCUCUUCCUUUCAAGCUCAUCUAAUAUUUUUCAAUUUCGCCACUGUAUCUCUCUAGUUUGUGGGUCCUCUAUCUCUGAUCUCUGUUUCUGGGGUUGGAAUUUUUGUUUCAAUGCGCAUGAGCAGAAUCGUAUAACUGUAAAUUUUCUUUUUAUGAUGAGUUUGGUAUUUUCCA